UUCCAUAAAAAUAACCUACCGAGCGACGUGUCUCCUGCAGCCUCUCGCCUAGACCGUAGAUAGAGGGUACUGCUGAAGAAGCUUUGUCCAUACAAAAUACUAUUUUUGCCAAACUGCAUAUGCAAAAAUACAGAAAAAAAUGGGCGAAACAAGAUUAGCGAGGCACAUAUUUUUGUGGUGUCUGUCUGCAAUCUAUAUGUUUGCCUUUGCAUCUGUUUAUGUGCAAAUUCCAGGACUUUACGGCAAUGAGGGCGUGUUGCCUGCCCGGUGGAUGCUACGGGUGUCCGGUAAAAGUAUCUGGGAGCAGUUACGGGACGCCCCCACACUGCUGUGGUUCGGCCCUAGACUUGGCCUGGACACUCAACAGUGCAUGGAAUUGCUUAGCCUGGCUGGAGCUGUGCUUAGCCUAGCGGCUACAGCGCUACCUGUCCUCAGAGACUGCAGAGUAUACCUGGUGCUGUGGGUGCUCUAUAUGUCACUCUACCAGGUGGGCCAGGUGUUCUUGUAUUUCCAGUGGGAUAGUCUGCUGUUGGAGGUGGGCUUCCUGGCCAUCCUUGUUGCUCCCAUGAACAUGCCCUGGGGCUGCAGGGCAGGCCUCCACGAUAACGUGACUUUUUGGCUGGUGCGCUGGCUACUCUUCCGGCUGAUGUUCGCCUCUGGCGUGGUCAAGCUCACCAGCCGUUGCCCUACGUGGUGGGGGCUCACAGCGUUGACCUAUCACUACGAGACUCAGUGCAUUCCCACGCCACUGGCUUGGUUUGCCCACCAGUUGCCAGUGUGGAUACAGAAGCUGAGUGUGGUGGGCACCUUUGUCAUUGAGGUCCCCGGCCCCUUCCUCUUCUUCAGUCCCAUCCGUCGACACAUGCUCACUGCCUUCUAUAUGCAGGUCCUGCUGCAAGUGCUGAUUAUCCUGUCUGGGAAUUAUAACUUCUUUAAUCUGUUGACCAUCACACUCUGCUUUUCCUUGCUCGAUGACCAGCAUGUCAACUUCUGGCUCUGCCGACACAUACCACAGAAAGAGAGAACUCUCCUGCACACAGUCAUGGCGUGGGUGUGUGUGUUGGUGGAACUGGCUGUGUAUGGAAUCCUUGGCUACUGGACCGUCUACUACUUUGACCUUAAAGUGGAAUGGGACAAGAAAAGCAUUUCUUCUAAUACAGAAUUUACACAUUAUGAGUUUAACAGGUUUCUGAAGGCAGUGGUUGUGCUUAGUAUUUGGAUAGGGGUUCUCUCACUCACCUGGGAGAUUGUCACUGCCAUGUUCAGGAGUGCAUGUGUGAAGGGUGUGCUCUGGCGUCUGUGGAGCACAGUACAGUGGGCUGUCUUUGCUACAGCUGCAACCACCAUGUUUGCCAUUAGUUUGGUUCCCUACACCUACAUAGAGUAUGAGGCUAAUAGUAACAUCUGGCCAGGGGUGCGGAAAGCAUUUCAGCUGACUGAUCGUUACCAGCUGGUCAACUCGUACGGUCUGUUCAGGAGGAUGACAGGAGUUGGGGGCCGUCCUGAGGUCAUCAUCGAGGGCAGUAUGGACGGCAGCACGUGGACGGAGAUUGAGUUCAUGUACAAACCAGGGAAUAUGAGUGCAGCGCCCCUGGUGGUUACCCCACACCAGCCUAGACUGGACUGGCAGAUGUGGUUUGCAGCACUGGGGCCGCACACGCAGAGCCCCUGGUUCAGCAGCCUUGUCUACCGACUCCUGCAGGGCAAGAGAGACGUGAUAAGGCUCAUUCAGAGAGAUGAGUCUCGAUAUCCAUUCAGUCAGCAGCCUCCAGCGUACAUCCGUGCUCACCGCUACAAAUACUGGUUCACCGAACCCAAGGAGGAUGGGUCAUUGCCUCAGAGGUGGUGGAGAAGGGUGUACGUAGAGGAGUUUUACCCCAUAGUCCACCUUGGUGAUGGUUUCCUUAAUCACAUGCUUGAUCAACAUGGUCUGAAGGAUAAGGGCCCUGUGCGGCGCAGCUCGGACGCCUGGCUCCCGCGGGUGUUGAGGAGCAUCGGCGAGCACGCGCGGGACGUGCCUACUCCACUCUUAUUGUGGACGCUCUUCAGUUCGGCAGCUACAAUAUGUCUCGUUAACUGCCUCUGCUCACGCUCUCCGGCCCACGACCGCCCACUGGCUACGAGCCCUCCUCCACAGCACGCACCAGAGAAGGAGGAGCAAGAGGAGGAGAGCAGUGGAGAAGUGGACAAGGAGGAAAAGGAAGAACAGAACAAGGAGAGUGAAGGGGAGGACAAAGGAGAGGCAGAAGAGGAUCCAGUGAAUGAAGAGCAUGAUGGUGAUGACAGUGGAGAAGAGGAAAUCUCAAAGGAGUCAGGGCACCUUGGGGAACGUAAAUGAAGAGCUGGGGGCCUUUGUGUUCCUUGCACUAAUAUACUAUCUCCACUUGAGGAGAAACAAGUCAUCACUGCUGCAGUCACCGUCCCUGUAGCUUAUCAGCACUUGCUAGCACUGGUCCUAUACAUGUAUCUCAAUACAUACUCAAGAGCUGUCAAUGUCCAUUUCCAGGAACACUGGCAGAAGUAGGGUGAGAACUCCACACCAUCCCUUUGUUACCAGCAGGAUCGGUAAUUCGUUUAUAUUAAAGCACUUAAAAUGUACAUCUAGCUAGAGGAAUUGGCAUUUGUUUAUGCUAAUUAUUGAAAAAUGUUAUUUAUAAAAGGCCAGCUCCAGGCACUACAGCAAAAGAUUGUUAUGAAAAGAUUGACAUCAAAAGCAAUUUGAUACUUAUUUAAUUCCUAAAUUGCUGUACACACCCAUACACAUAGUGUCUUAUCAUAUAUAAAAACAAUCACACUGCAAACCAUUUCCAAAGAUGUUUUUAAAAUGUUGAAUCUUGACCUUUCCAUCCUUUUGGUCAUGGAUCUUAUGCAAUCACUCUGUGAGGCUUCUCUGGAAGGAACGCCGGUCACAGAAUCUUAACUUUUGCUUUUGUACACAGCUGUUUUAUAGGCUCAUUACGACUGCAUGAGAACCCGCAAAUGAUUUCGAUUUAAUGCAACGUCUCAUCCCAAGACAAGGCUGCUGGUACAGCCGUCCCCCUCCUGCCUUGCAAAGGCUGAUGUGAAGCUUGGUGUUCCUCUGCUUUCUCGUGGUCUCUUGAGUGGCCAUGAGAUCUAGAAGUUAUAUCCACUAGUGGUGGCACGUCAGAGUUUGCUGUAGUGAAAUGUGAUUGGCUCAUCGUGGCAUCCUCCGAUGUAGGUGGGCACAUUUCACCCUCUGGGAUGUUAUGCUGAUGCAUUAGGGCACUUGAGUGGGGUGAUUUCCGAAAGGCUUGUGCAACAGCCUGGCCAUAAGCAACACCUAAACAAGCAGCCUUGUGCUUGGUUACUUAUUGCUUGUUAUUGUAGUAGAGGUGUUGGUCUGUCAGGACCAUCAUAUCUUCCAGGAAUAAUGGAAGUGUGGUUACUUGUGUCUGUUUUUACUUUCUUUACCAGUUUAACCCCUUUUCCUCUCCACUGCUUUCUUCCCUUUUUUCCCAUAAAAGCUGUUUACUUCUUUGUGUAGCCUUUUACUUUCCAGAGUGUUGUAAAAUGUUUUAACACAUUUUGUAUCCUUUAUAAUAAAUCUACAGCCAGUCCUAUUUGA